UUAAAGAUGGAGCUCACCUUCAACCAAACCUCUUAUGAUGUGGAACGACGGAGCCAAAAUAAUUUAACCAAUAUCACUUUCUCUAACAGCUCUGAAUUUUCUGCCAAUCUGAAUAAAGCUGCAAACUUGAUUAGCAUUUUUAUCCUUUGUGACACUAUGGUGGCUCUCGGCUGUACAAUGGAGAUCUCCAAGAUAAAAGCCCACAUAAUGAAGCCCAAAGGGGUGGUGAUCGCCAUGCUGGCUCAGUUCGGGGUGAUGCCCCUCACAGCCUUCACUCUGGCUAAACUGUUUCAGCUUGGUACUAGUAAAGCCAUGGCAGUGCUGGUGUGUGGCUGCUGUCCAGGAGGGGUGCUUUCCAAUGUCCUCUGCUUUGCCUUCAGGGGGGACAUGAACCUCAGCAUCGUGAUGACGACGUGCUCUACCCUGGUGGCGCUGGGAAUGAUGCCACUUCUGCUCUUCAUUUACUGCCACGGCUUCACCGACCUCAGCGCCGUGCCCUAUGGGAACAUCAUCCUGGCCUUGUUAUUGACUUUGCUACCAUGUGCCGUUGGCAUCUAUAUUAACUAUCACAUACCACAGUACUCCAAACUUGUCACUAGGGUUGGGCUGGGUAUAAUGCUGGUCGGUUUGAUUGUGUUUGCGGUUCUGGUUGGGAUUCUACUUGGCGAGGGUUUCCUGGCAGUUGGAGCACCUCGACUUGUGGCCACAGCAGCACUGAUGCCACUUAUUGGAUAUGGACUCGGCUACGUCCUGUCACUUCUCUUUUUCAGGCAUGAUGGAGCGUGUAGGAGGACCGUUGCUAUAGAGACCGGCUGCCAGAACGUCCCUCUCUGCUACACAAUCCUAAAAGUAGCCUUUGACCCAGAGUUCAUUGGUCCAUAUUUCCUUUUCCCUUUUCUCUACUUUUUCUUCCAAAUCUCCGAGGCCCUGGUUUUUAUCAUCCUCUUCAGAUGGCACACCAGGCAAAACUCAGACAGUAAAGCAUGA